AUGGAUAUAAAACCACGGAGAACACGGGCAGCCCUCCCCCGGCGCCUCGAUCGACGACGACCCCUCCCGGCCCGCAGCCCAGCCUGCGGCCUCGACCCUCCGCCCGCCAUCCGCAGCCGGGAGCACCCUCCUUCCCCUUCCCGCCCGGGCCUCCCCGCGGGCGCCUCGGGCUGCGGCCUGGGGCUCGGCAGGCCGCCGCCGCCACUACCUGCCCGGGGACGAGUCUCUCCGCUCCGUCGCUGGCCGCUCAGGCUCGGGCCGCCCCCUUCAGACGGCCACCGUCGCCCCCGCCGCCGUCCAGGCCGCCCUGCUCCGCCGGCAGCCGCGCAGCUCCUCCAUGCCCCGCGCCCCACAGGAAUGAAUCCGGCCGCGCCGUUCGCCCCGCCCCGCCCCGCCGAGCUUCCUCCCGCCCUCCCAGAGUGCGCGAACCACAACGGCUGCGGCGGAUGGUACCUGGGCCCGUUCGCUGGGAAUCUCUCAUAUGCUGCUCACAGAGGUGUUCUGAGAACUGCAGCCCCAUCGCUUAUCAAGAAGGCAGGAAUCCUGCAGGGCGCCAUUCAGCUAUCUUUCACUAUCUCUUCUUCCUCCUCCCAAGCCUGGCAGCCAUUAAUAGUUAAAGAAAGAAGAUAUUUAUGCAAUGGAGAUAGUUGGUGGUGCAAUACGAAUCCCUGCAGUGAAAGAGAAGAUCAGCAAAUUUUUGGUAAAGAACUUAGUACAACAUUAAAUGCUGAUGAAGCUGUCACUCGAGGCUGUGCAUUGCAGUGUGCAAUCUUAUCACCUGCUUUCAAAGUCAGAGAAUUUUCAAUCACUGAUGUGUUACCAUAUCCCAUAUCUCUGAGAUGGAAUUCUCCAGCUGAAGAAGGCUCAAGUGACUGUGAAGUCUUUUCGAAAAAUCAUGCUGCUCCUUUCUCUAAAGAACUCACAUUUUAUAGAAAGGAACCUUUCACUCUUGAGGCAUAUUAUAGCUCUCCUCAGGAUGUGCCCUAUCCAGACCCCGCAAUAGGUAAGUAGAGUUGGGAAUUACAAAAAGGAAGUUAUGUGUACUUGGGAGAACUGGAAUAGCAGAGCAAGUACAAUAUCCCAAAAUGUGGGUAUUAUAGAUCAGAAAAAAUCCCCUUCUUCCAGUCCUGUUACCAGUUCAGAACCAGCAGGAUGGUCA